AUGCCUGGCGCCGUGCCCACGGCAACGGAUUUUGUUCAGGACUAUGCGGCCAAGCGGGCGGCGCAGAUGGAGCGUGCUAGGCGGAUUCGUGAGGAGCGGCAGCAGUUUCAGCAGUCGCAGCAGUCGCAGCAGCAGUCGCUCUCCUACAGCGCAAACAGCGCGGACAACAUGAGCGGCAGUCUAGUGGCAACCCCGCCGAUUCUUCCCCCGGCGGCACGUAGCCGCCGCAUUGCAAAUGUGGUGGAAGAGGAUUUCAAGCGCGCCACGAAGGCCGGCAUCAUCACCCCGGACCAGGCGCGUCAGCUGUGGGCGAUGCUCUCAGACCAGCUCGUGCAGGUUGACAGCCCUGGGCCCAGCGCGCCGGCGGGGAGUAGCUACAACGCCCACAUUCCGACACCCACGACGCAGGAGGCGCCGGCGCGGAAGCCGGCAAGCUUCGGCAACAGCAUCUCGCUCGACUCCCUGCGUGCCUCCAUCGCCCAGUUUAAGGCGAAGCAAAGGCAGCAGCAGCAGCAGCAGCGGCAGGACGUCGUCCAGCCGCAGGAGUUAGUGGGGAGGGCGGGUGGGGGCGGUGGCAGCAACGCUAAUGAGGCGUACGAGCUGGCGACCCGCCUCUUUGCGCCCCCGCCGGCUGGGGUAAUUGCGGGUACAGCCGGGGCAGCCAUGCCACGCCCCGCCCGCAGGGAAAUUCGCGCCGGAAGCAACGAAGCUGCAACCCGGCAAAUGGAACCGGCAGAGGAGCCGGCGGGCGGUGAUGAGAUGAAUGACUGGGGGCUGCGACGAAGCCCACUGGCACGGAAGGCAAAGCGUGAUAAGCAGCAUUCGCAACCAAAGAAGCCGGCGUGGAACUUUGAUGUCGAGCUGGGGCACAACGACAGGGAGGCGGAGGCGGAGGCGGUGGCGAUACCACACAUGAAGCGCCCACUCUCCCGGCAGCAGCACCAGCAACGGCGUGGCUCAGAGGGGGGCGGGGGCGCGCAGCAGCAGCAGCGCAUGAACCCGCCCAUGCAGUUUGACGAGAUGCCUGUUGGGAGUGUGGCGUCCGCAACGGCGGUGGAGGCGUCCCAGCGACCGCGACAGCCGCAGCCGGUUGUUGCCAAGACGGUCAUGAGCAAGAAGAAGGUGAGCAACGCCGCCGUGCAGCCCUCCCCACGCGCCGCCGUUGCCUUUGACGAAGUCGCCGUGGGUGCGAGUGGCGCUGGUGGUGGCGGUGGGAAGGGCAUCGGCGACGCGGUGGCGUCGCAGCCGGCGGAAAAGGAAUCGUUGCUGUCCUGUGGCUUGUGCGGCCGCAGCUUCCGCGCGUCCAUCCUCGCUCGGCACGAGGCUGUCUGUGCAAAGAUGCAGAAGAAGCGGCGCGUCUUUGACAUGAAGGAGCAACGACUAGAGGGCCUUGAGGGCAUUCGCGAGGUGGCUGCAACGAGCGCCAGUGCCUCGCUGCGGAGCGGGAAGCGGCAGCCGGCGGGGGCGGGGGCGGCUGUUGCCAACCCCAACCCAAGCAAGCUGCCCAAGUGGAAGAUACAGCACGAACAGUUUCAGGCCACCAUGCGUGCCAUGCGGCAAAUGAACGCGGAGGCGGGCGGCGGCGGCGGCGGCGGCAAGGGCAACAACCUUGGUGGCGGCAAACAUGGAAACCCGCUGCCACCACCGCCACUGCCACUGCCUGAGGAGUACGACGACCGCGUGCCGUGUCCUCACUGUGGCAGGAAGUUUGCCGAGCUCACGGCGCAGCGGCACAUCCCGAAGUGCAUGACGACCAUUGCGAGACCAAAGGGACUCCGUCCGACGCGUCGGUGA